AUGUUUAAAACUGAUGUUAUGCGUCGGACACUCAAUCCCGAAUGGAAUUCGGAUUGGUUUUGCUUUGAGCUGAGUGAAGAGGCCUUACUGGAGGAAACGUUACAAGUUCGCGUUCUCGAUCACGACACAUACAGUGCUCAUGAUGCCAUCGGUCGAGUUUACUUCAACCUUAUGCCACUUUUUCAAAUGGAUCAGAAACGUAGUCUGAGUGGAUGGUUCCCGUUGUACGACACCAUGCAUGGGAUUCGUGGGGAAAUCAAGCUGGCAGUUCGAGUCGAUGUUUUAUCGGACACCUACAGACAAAACUUCUCGUCACUCGGUGUUAAGUUCUUUUUCAGUUCAGUGAUCCCUUCCGGAUACCGAGUUAUCCGUCUCAUCGGCUUCGUCCAUGAGUUGAUUGUGAACGAUGAUCCUGAACAUCAGUGGAUUGAGAAAAUACGCACUUCUAGAGCUUCAAACGAGGCUCGGCAAUGCCUCUUCUCGCAACUAACUGGUGAGCUGCUUGCGUAUGCCUUAUUAGUUCGUGUUCGGGAAACGGUUUAG